CUGUUCAAAGGCAACGCGGUAAGUCAGAUCGCCUCUGCUUCCCAUUCUCAUUGUUCUAGUACUUGUUCGCCUUCCGGUCUACGGAGGAGAGACCAAAGCCAAACUAACUAAACCCCAUGUGCAUGUGUGACCGGCCCCUUAGACAUAACUUAUAAUAUUAUAAGUAAAUAAUAUUAGUCAUAAGUAUUAGUUAUAAUUUUAUAGUGUUUGGAGAAGUCGAGUUGUUGUAAACGUGAGGUACCUAAAAGUGAGAUACCAGAACGGUUUCCCGGCCGUAGUGCUGAGUAGCAUCACGAGCUGGGUCUGUUGUCCGGGAUUCAGCUGCUAUCGUGCGACGUGCAAGAUGAGAACGUUUGUACUGGCACUACUACUGGGGUCAGUGCUGAGUUACUUGGGCCUGUUUGUAGCGGUGUCCCUGUACGAUACGUUUGAUCCGAAUGUGGACUUGAAGGACAAACGAGUCAUCGUGUGCGGAGCAUCGACUGGUAUUGGUGAGCAGAUUGCCUAUCUUUACGCCCGGGCUGGUGCAAGACUAGUGCUGGUUUCUCGCAGACUGCAAGUUCUACAGACAGUGCAGGCGAAAUGUCGUGACCUGGGAGCAGCACAAGUGGAAGUGUUUGCCGGGGAUCUUUCCUUGAAGAAUACCAGCAAAGAUGUGAUUGAAUAUUCUGAGGAGAAGUUGGGAGGAAUUGAUCAUUUGAUACUGAACCAUGCCAUAUUCUAUUACCAGUUGUGGACAAAUAACUCUGACCUGGAUUAUGCCACAAAAUUGAUUCAAGUCGAUCUCUUGAGCUACAUCUAUUUGACAACGUACUCACUGCCUGCACUGGAGAGAAGUCAUGGAUCAGUGGUGGCUGUAUCAUCGGCAGCCGGCCUUUGGCCAUCACCUCUGAAUCACGUGUACUCGGCAUCAAAGUUCGGCCUGCACGGCUUCUUCGGGUCGCUACGACAAGAUCUGAUGAUUCAGAAGUCGAACGUGUCCAUCUCGAUGGUUCCACUGGGUUUGUUUGGCUCUGACACUAUCCGUGAGUUCACAAAGAGUACUCUACCGGACAGUGCCAAGAACUACGGGGACCCCGCCAACGCUGCACAUGCCAUCGCCAGGGCUGCUGGGCUACGACUCAGAGAGGCCCACUGCCCCUACUUCGACACCAAGUUCCUGCAAUGGGUUUACAUGCUCUUCCCAAGCACAAUGGACAAGUACAUGGCGUUUCUCUUCCAGCACAAUGCUUAAAUGUGGACACACAACUAGCCGAAUACUAGUAAUUAAAGAAAUGCUUUGCUGGUUAAAUGUGUUUAUGGGUAACAUGCGUCUUCUUGAAACGGAAGAGACAUGAUCCGUGAUCACCAUGACGUAAUGAACUGGCUGCACAUUUCAACAAUUGGCAACUACUCCAGUGACAGAAGUGUAUAUUGAACAUCGUGAGCCAUUUCAAUGUUCCAUUUGCUCCAAAAGUAUUUAUAUAAACUAAACUUUAUUAUCUGCAGUGAAUGACUUAAAGUUGUCUCUGCAUUCUCAGUACCGUAAGAACAUUCUUUU